UUGCCAAACACCAUUAAACCUUAGAGGAAGAAGAUUAGUUUCACCGCGCUCUCUGUUGUUUUGUCGGGAUGCUGCCUUAAUACAAACUGCUAGAAAUGUUGUUUCUGUAAAUAUAAAAUAUAGUUUUUGAAUUAGGUCAGUACCUGUAAUAUUUAAGUUUUGAAGCAAGCAUGAAUAUCUGGAGGAGUAUCAUCUGAACUGAGAUCUGCUGCUGUGAAGAUGGUGUUUGUUAAAGAGGAGAGUGAGGAGGACACAAGUGAACCAGAAACCUGGAGAAUAAAACACGAGGAACCAGAAACCUGGAGAAUAAAACAUGAAGAACAAGGAGGCCUGAUGAAAAUUAAAGAAGAAAGUCAAGAUCUGAAUGAAGUGGAGGAGAAACAUAAGGAUCAGAAAGAUCAUGAUGCCAAUGGAGAAAAAUCAGCGAGUUGCAGCAUUCAAAUAACAGACGUCAAAAAGACUUUCAGCUGCUCUCAGUGCGGAAAUACUUUCACACAUAAAGGAACCUUUAUGAAACACAUGAGAAUUCAUCGUGGGGAAAAGCCUUUCAUCUGCUCUCAGUGUGGAAACACUUUCACAUGUAACAAAAACCUAAAGGAUCACAUGUUAAUUCAUGCUGGAGUAAAGCCUUUCAGCUGCUCUCAGUGUGGAAAGAGUUUUACACAGAAAGUACACCUUAAGAAUCAUUUGCUAACUCACACUUCAGAAAAGCCUUUCAGCUGCUCUCAGUGUGGAAACACUUUCACACGUAAAGCAAGCCUUGAGAAACACAUGUUAAUUCACGCUGGAAUAAAGCCUUUCAGCUGCUCUCAGUGUGGAAAGAGUUUCACACAGAAAGGAAACCUUGAGAAUCAUUUUGUAACUCACUCUUCAGAAAAACCUUUCAUCUGCUCUCAGUGUGGAAAGAGUUUCACAAGUAAAGGAUACCUUAAGAUUCACAUGUCAAUUCAUGCUGAAGUAAAGCCUUUUACCUGCUCUCAGUGUGGAAAAAGUUUCAUAUGUAAAGGAAGCCUGAGGAAUCACAUGUUAAUUCACACUAGGAAAAAGCCUUUCACCUCCUCUCAGUUUGGAAAGACUUUUACACAGAAAGGAUGCUACAAGGAUCAUUUGGUAACUCACACUUCAUAAAACCCUUUCACCUGUUCUCAGUGUGGAAAGUCUUUUGUGUGGAAAGGACACCUUGAGACUCGCAUGUUAAAGUGGUCAUUGUAUGCCAAGUUGAUAUGAUUCUUUAGGGUCUUAAUAAAAAGUCUAUAACAUGCUUUGGUUAAUUUCUCAAUUGUAGUGUAAACACCAUUUUUACCCUGUCAAAAACAGCUCUGUUCACAGCGAGCCGUUUCGGUGCAUGUUCCUUUAAAUGCUAAUGAGCUGUGUUCACCCCGCCUCUCACUUCUGUGAGGCGACAAGCCACUCUCAUGAGACUGUAAACUUUAGCUGCAGAACUCGCUAAUUAGCACAUUAUUAGGAAAGGCGAUUUGCAAAGAUUCAUAGAAAAACCUUAUACGCACUUCUGUCAGUGAAGCUGGAUCACAAAUGAUUUGCGCAAACAUAGAUGCAUUUAGGUAGAUUCCCUUCAAAACCAAAAUCAAGCCACUGUGUCUUCAGCAGCGCAGAUGUCAGGAGUAAAUGACGACUGCUGUGUUAAUAUUUACAUUCAAUUCAAUUCAAGUUUAUUUGUAUAGCGCUUUUCACGAUACCAAUUGUUGCAAAGCAGCUUUAAAGAAAAUAUGAAGUUUCUACGUUACAUUUAGGUGUAGGUUAUUAGUGGUGACACGUGUGACAAUCAUGGGAGCGGCCUGGGUCUGUGUGAUGUCACACAGCCAAUAAUUUGUAAAUGGCUUGAUCUGAGAAAGGGAUUAUUAUUUAUGGGGAUUAAAAAAAAAUAAAAAAAACACUGGGUGGAUUUUUAUCAUUAUAGGGUGGUGGUGCCAGGACACAUUUCAGUUCAAACAACAUGUAAAAGUGAAUUUUGCAUCCGAUGACCGUAUUAAACUUAUUAUUCAUUGUAUCAACAAUGUAGCGUAUCAGAACAAAUCAGACAAUUUAAGAUUCAAACAGAACGUUGUUGAAACACAAAGAGCUGAAUUCCACAAAGAAACCCAAGACAACAAGGAUGAUCAGAUCCCAGUCUUUACAUGAUUAAAUGCAUCAGAUCAACCAAAAUGAUGCUAAAAGGACUUAUGAACAAAUAUCAUUCCAUUGCAUAACUUCAUAUCAUGUAACCCACACAUUUGACUUAUGUUCUAAUCACUGAUUGUGUAUGUCAUUUUUAAUAACUAUUAAAUAGUUCAUAGGUUUCUAUUCAUGUUUGGUAUAUUUGUGUUUGAGAAUUCUGUCCUGAGAUGAUGAUAUCAGUCAAUUCUUUGUAAAACGUAUCAUAUUCUUGUUAGAGAAAUCAUAUCUAAAUUAUACUCUGCAAAAGUGAGGAAAUUCGGACUAUGUGAUUAAUAAGAUAAAACUUUGAUUUUUGUAUUGGGAGGUGAAACAUAGCAACCCCCAAAUUGGUCAAGACAGAUUCAGCAGAAUAAUGAAAGUUUGGAGCAACUUGAGGGUGAGUAAAUGAUCACAGAUUUUUUGUUUUUGUUAACUAUUCCUUUAAGAGUCACAGUUUUAAUAACUUAAGUUAGAGCUGCAUGAUUCUCGAUACAUAGAGAAACCCAAUUU